UUUUGGGGUGGGGUUGAAGUGUUUAUCGAGUUUAUUCCAGAGGGUUUUUAACAAUUUUUUUUAAAUUUAUUUGCAAAAAUUUAUCGGGAACAAGCAGCUACAAGCUACACACUUAUCUAAGGAGGUAAAUUUGCAAACCAGCAACCUAGAUAUCCACCCAUAUUUCCAGCAAAUUUUUGAGCAUUCUUCAUCCGAGUUUCAAGUUCAGACUACCUCCAACCAGAAGCAUGAUGGGCACUGUCAUGAUAUGCUUUAUAUGUCAUUCGAAGUCUGAAAACGCAUUGAUUGGGCAUAACAAUGGGUGAAAGAUGCAUUGUACAGGCCAAUCGAUUUGCACUUGGUAUAUGGUGCCAAUAAAAUUCAAAUAAGCCAGUAGAGAGUGUAUGAUCAGGAACGUUUCUCCAUUUUGGUAUCUUCACAGAGUAUACGGUGAUGGAGAUUUUGGCAGGGGAAAGUGAACUUGUCCUUUCCACUGGAAGCUCUGAUCUUAUAUAUGGAGCAUGGAUCUGUUUGCUCCCAGUGAGUGAAAAGCAUUUGGCUGGUGAAAUUAUUUCUGGACAAAUUAAUAUGCUCAAGGUUCAUAAGAAAAAUGAUAAAAAUUAUUUAGAGAGGGAGGAGGUGGAGAAGAAGAAGCUGGAUGAUAGAGUAAUAAAUUUGGUGUUCGAUAUGGAUUUGCAAACUGUCUGUGCUCUUGAUAUUGCAAACUUCAUUAUUCAACGGACCUACAUGUUGCACAAAACUUCUAUAUAUAUUGAUAGCGACAGGUGCAAGCCUAGGAGUUCGUGUUUUACGGCCAAAGUACGAAGCUAGUCUUCUUGAAGAAUGUGGUUGGACCUUGUCUAUGUCUAAGCUGUUUCGCCUUGGUUUUUACUCUAUGUUGAUAUGUGUAACAUCGGGCCUUGAU